UACUCUACAGACUAUUAUUCUAACUGACGCAAAAUCUAAAAACAUGCGUAUUUAAAGACACUGUUUUUGUUUGAAAUCAAAUCUCCUCGAGUCUGAUUCAAUUCAAGGCCUUUGCCUUCACUACUCUUUCUAGGUUAUCUGUAUUACCAAAUUGUAAAUAAUUGUUCUAAUUAUUUGUCAGUCAGUACCACGAUUACUAGCAAUUCUCUAAUAGGUUAGAUGGUUUAGUCCAUGUUUAGCUGCUACUUAUAAAAAUGUAUUUUCCAAAUUCCAAGUUGUAAUUUUUUUUGCUUAUGUAAGAAUGAAGUUGUUUAUAUUCACAAAUUAUUAUUGAUUUGAGAAAAUGAACACGGACGACAGAGAGCAGUUGAUUCCAAGGAGAAGAUCGACCCGUACUGAGGGAAUAAACGAUGUGGAUCCAGUAAGUUACCUCAAACAAAAUGAAGGUGCCGUUCCUAUCGGUUCACUUAACGUCCUCAGUUCUCAGUUUGAGAGCUUGGACUAUGACAUAUGUGAGAACAAAUUGUUGAUGAACGAGGCUGUGGUUCGAGGCUAUGCGUUUGUCACUCAUAAAAGCCUCGCUCGAUGGCUCAUCUUCCUCAUGAUUGGUGUGUGCACUGCGUUCGUCGGGAUCUUCAUCAAUAUCUCCAUUGAGCAGCUGUCAGACAUCAAGUACUCUACGAUUAAAAGCUUUUUAGAUUCCUGCUCCGCCAAAGAAUGCAUGUACAAGCCAUACUUUGUGUGGGUCGGGAUCAAUGCAGCAUCUGUACUUGUUGGAUCUCUUCUGGUCACUUUUUGUGAGCCUAUUGCACUGGGAAGCGGAAUACCGCAAGUGAAAUGUUACCUGAACGGAAUAAAAAUGCCACGGAUCGUCAGAAUAAAAACUCUAUUUGUCAAAACGAUUGGAGUAAUUUCCACAGUGGUCGGAGGUCUGUGUGCAGGAAAGGAAGGACCGAUGAUUCACUCUGGGGCUGUGGUGGCAGCAGGUAUCUCUCAAGGCAAGAGCACUACCUUUAGCUUCCUCGACCUCUCCAUCUUGACCUAUUUCCGAGAGGACCAUGAGAAGAGAGACUUUGUGUCAGGCGGGGCAGCUGCGGGAGUGGCCUCCGCCUUUGGGGCUCCAGUCGGAGGGGUUUUGUUCUCAUUGGAGGAAGGUGCAAGUUUCUGGAACCAGAGUCUUACUUGGAGAAUAUUUUUCGCUUCCAUUAUUUCCACUUUCACUCUCAACAUCGUUUUGAGUGCUUAUCAUGGGCAUCCUGGGGACUUAACUUUUGCUGGUCUUCUCAACUUUGGGGAAUUUACAAAGCUAUCCUAUGAAAUAUUUGAGCUGCCAUUCUUUCUAAUGAUGGGAGCUUUUGGAGGACUUACAGGUGCCCUGUUUAACCACAUAAACUACAAAAUCACAGUGUUUAGAAUGAGGUAUAUCAGGCCUCGGUGGCUGAAGGUGAUGGAGGCUCUGUCUGUCGCGGCUCUCAGUGCCACUGUAGCAUUGCUGAUGAUGUUUUGGAUCAGCGACUGUAAAUCUCUGGGGACUGAUCCAACAACCACACCAGUGCAGCUCUACUGUGGGGACGGAGAGUACAACACCAUAGCCUCCCUGUGGCUCCAGGUGCCUGAAGCUACUGUCAGAUCCCUCUUCCAUGAUCCCAACGGUGCCCACAAUAUGAGUUCCCUGGCCUACUUUGCCGUCGUCUACUAUAUCCUGUCUAUCUGGACCUACGGUCUGAGUGUGUCUGGAGGGUUGUUCAUCCCUUGCCUGGUCACGGGGGCUGCUUGGGGACGAUUGGUUGGACUUAGUCUGGAAACGUUCUUCCCUGACUGCUCAUGGUGUAUGGACCCAGGCAAGUACGCGCUGGUCGGUGCUGCGGCGCAACUCGGUGGAGUCGUCAGAAUGACCAUCAGUCUUACCGUCAUCAUGAUAGAAGCCACAGGAAACAUCAGCUUCGGCCUGCCUCUGAUGAUCACACUCAUCAUGGCUAAGUGGGUCGGCGACUACUUCAAUGAGGGUAUCUACGACAUUCACAUCCAGUUGUCCGGUGUGCCACUUCUGGCGUGGGAACCUCCUCCGCUGAACUACCAGGUGCAGGCGAGCGCCAUCAUGAGCCACCCACCGUGUGUACUACGGACAGUGGAGAGUGUGCGGCACAUCGUGAGCGUGCUACAGCGCGACACGUUCAACGGCUUCCCAGUCAUCGACCCGCACUCCAAGAGCUCCAACACUAUGGACGGAAUCAGAUCUUCAGGCCGUCUAAGAGGAUUGAUUCUGCGAUCACAACUGAUCGUGCUUCUGCAAAACAAACUGUUCAACAUCGCAUCCAGUGAUUGGGAGAAUGGCAGAAUCAGUAUGAAAAUAUUCCGCAAGGCCUACCCAAGAUAUGGCACAAUAGAUGAAAUAACGCUCACAGAAGAAGAACUAAGCUACACAUUGGAUCUGAGGCCAUUUAUGAACCCUUCUCCGUAUACAAUUCCUGUGACUGCCUCGCUGCCCCGUGUGUUCCGGUUGUUUAGAGCUUUGGGUUUACGUCAUCUGAUCGUUGUCAAUGAUUUCAACGAGGUGGUAGGAAUGGUUACCAGGAAAGAUUUAGCGAGGUAUCGUGUUUGGAGACACUUUGGCAGAACCGGAGUUGAGGAAUUAAAAAUCUCUUGAGACAAAAAUCUCAUUCAUUAAGGUUACGCUCAAUCGAGUUAGUUUUUACUUGAGUAUUGUAAAGUUUGAUUAUAGCUGUGUGUAUGUGUGUGCGCAUACGCUUUACUAUAAGCCUUGUUUGUCUUGCCGGUUGAUAUUUUAUCAAAUAAACUUUUGUACUUUUAGGUUAAGAAAUUUAGUUUCAGAUUUUUCUGAAUUAAGUAAAAAUUGGAUAUGGCACAUCUUUUAACUUGUUGAUGUUUCAUAUGGCUGUAAGAAUAAAUUUUAUUGUAAGUUUUUAAACUCCCAUUACGAGAUAAUAAACCACUGGCCUUUCUUAUACACCUAAUGCUCAGGUCAGAAUAUUAGAAUGUUACGCUUGGUCUGUACAAAGGGUUUUGACUUAAGUACUGAAGCCAGUAAGUUGGCAAAUUUACCUAACUAUAACUAGAAUUUUAUUUUAAAAGUUUGCAAUUUGACACAGUUGAGAAUAAGCACUUCUUAAACAAUUUAUGGAAUGAAUAUCUCUACCAAACAAUGUUGUAAAUGACAAACUUAGAGGUUGAGAUUUUUAAUUAACAAUAAACAAAUAAAAUUUUCAACUGCAUGGAGUUUCUCGUUUUAAAAAAUUUCUUGGGUUGGCGAUUGAAUGUGCAGAAAACUGGCUGUGUUGGCAUCGGCCCGGCCAAAAACUUUUAGAUUAAUGGGGCAUUUUCCAUUGUUGGUGAGUGAAACACAAUUUUAACAACUUUUCACAAUCUGGAAUCUGACUCUGUCUUCAGAUGGAAAGGAGCAUAGAACAUAAAGACUGUAGUUAUUAAUAUAGAGUCCAUAACCUGAAGUGUCAUAUAACUUGUGUGUAUAAUAAUGAAAGAUGUCCGAAAUGAUCCUGUUCACAACAGAUUCUUAAUAGUUUUUCAAAUUGUCUAGUGUAUUUCAAUGUAUUUAUCUGUGUUGUUUUACAUUCCAAUCAUCACUCGUAUAUUUUAUAAAACUAUUGUGCUGUUACUCAUAUUAUCUUCAUUGUGGAUGUAGCCUCCGGAUUGCCAAAUAAUAUUAAAAAGGUUUAAAUACCUGCUAUUAAGCAAUCCAUUUAAUUGCAGUUGCAACUAGUUUCGACUCCUAUGUGGAGUCAUCAUCAGGCGGUACAAGGACUUCUUCUUUCUUCAUAUGAAGAGCGUCAUAUUUAACAAGUAAAA